UGCAACUUAAUAGGCUGCACUCCUCAUAGGCCACUCCUGCCUCCACACAUGAAAGAACCCAAGCAGUCCAACCAGUUUUGAGAUCAGCAACAGCGGCGGGUCGCCUGAAGCAUUACGCCGGGCGUUAGUUUUUUUUUUAAUCGUGAGUCGGAGCGGUAUACGCAGACUGUUCAAGGCCGCGUGUUAUCCCCCAUCUUCUCAUAUUGCGAGGAGGUUAUCCGAACGCCUAGCUUGUUGGCUAACUGUGUUCAAGAUGAACGGCGAGCUGAACGGUUUCCAUAACGACUCAUUCGUCGACGACGACUGCUUCCUCUUCACGUCCGAAUCCGUCGGAGAAGGACACCCUGAUAAGAUUUGUGACCAAAUUAGUGAUGCUGUUUUGGAUGCGCACCUCACCCAAGACCCAGACGCCAAAGUAGCAUGUGAGACUGUCGCUAAGACGGGGAUGAUCCUGCUGGCUGGGGAGAUCACCUCCAGGGCUGUGGUAGACUACCAGAAGAUUGUGCGAGAGACAAUCAAGCAUAUUGGCUAUGACGAUUCUUCCAAAGGCUUUGACUACAAGACCUGCAACGUUCUGGUGGCUUUAGAGCAGCAGUCGUCCGACAUCGCUCAAGGCGUUCACCUGGACCGCAAAGAGGAGGACGUGGGCGCCGGCGACCAGGGUCUGAUGUUCGGCUAUGCCAGCGAUGAAACGGAGGAAUGCAUGCCUCUUACCAUCGUCCUGGCCCACAAGCUCAACGCCAAGAUGGCCGAGUUACGCCGUGACGGAACGCUGCCGUGGCUCCGACCAGAUUCCAAAACUCAGGUCACAGUCCAGUACAGACAGGACCGCGGCGCCGUGGUUCCGCUCCGCGUCCACACCAUUGUCGUUUCCGUGCAGCACGACGAACUCGUUGGUCUGGAGGAGAUGCGUCACAGUCUAAAGGAGCAGGUGGUCAAAGCGGUGGUCCCUCCUGGCUAUCUGGACGAUAAUACCAUCUAUCACCUUCAGCCCAGUGGUCGCUUCGUCAUUGGUGGGCCGCAGGGUGACGCUGGUCUGACUGGGCGCAAAAUCAUCGUUGAUACUUACGGCGGCUGGGGCGCCCACGGAGGCGGUGCUUUUUCGGGCAAGGACUACACCAAGGUGGACCGCUCCGCCGCCUACGCUGCUCGCUGGGUUGCCAAGUCACUCGUGAAAGCGGGACUGUGCAGGCGCGUUCUGGUCCAGGUGUCCUAUGCCAUCGGGGUGGCGCAUCCGCUCUCCGUCUCCAUUUUCCACUACGGGACGUCCCAGAAGAAUGAGAGUGAGCUGCUGGACAUCGUGAGGAAGAAUUUCGACCUACGUCCAGGAGUCAUCGUGAGGGAGUUGGACCUUAAGAAGCCCAUCUACCAGCGCACUGCAGCUUACGGUCACUUCGGCCGGGCUCUCUUUUCAUGGGAGGUUCCCAAGGAGCUCAAAUACUAACUCCCCCCACCCUACCGCUACCCGCCUUGCUCCUUUCAUGUAGCGCGUGUUCGUCUCUUUCCCAUCCUACUGUUCCUCUGCACAAAAUAGCCCCCAUCACUGCCACGUCUUUUACACUAUGUACUUUGGUAUUGGGCCAUUUUGUCAGCCUGCUCAAACCCGUUUAAGAGCCGCCGCAUUUGUCUCGAGACGACUUUCUGCCCAAGGCAACCAAACGCACAACCGUCGUCGUUUCUUUGUCCGUGCUGUCCCUUCACGCCAUUUUCUUUCUGACGUUUUACAGAGAAGUCAGAAGCUGCUACUGACCGUUUUGGCUGUGUUGGGGCUUCACGUAAACUUCACUCCAUUUUUAAAACGUAAUUUUAUUUUGUCACUCGAAAUGUCAGGCGGUCGUUCUAAACGAGGUUAAGUGUUCUGGAUGCCAUUUCAGCGUAGCCAGGCCCGUUUACAGGAAGGGGGGGGCUUCACUUGCUCAUGUGGCACGGCCCCAUACUUGAAGCAUAGAAUGUCAUUUGAUUGUCGUGGGACCGACAUUGUUGCCAACGACAGCCAUAAAGGUCUGUUGAGUUCCUGCUUGUCGUUGAUUCACACGUAAAUAGAUGCCCGUUGUUUUGAAAUGCUGACACAACGUGAUCAGAUUUAACUCAUUGAAUUUGCGGCACUCUCCACACCCUUUGCGCCUAAUUAAAUGUGACCUGCACUCCUAUAUACAAGCAAGUUGCGGCCGAAGUAUUAUUUACACGUUUUUUUUUUAAACGGUCAAGCAGAUGUAUCCCUCUAAACCAAUGUUCACGCAUUGCUCGUCACUUUGUUCGUUCCAAAGAUUUGUUGAAACACAAGAUCUUCCUUUUUCUUUCCGCCCAAUUGAAAUUAAUUGCAUUUUAAAAAUGCUCCUGACCCUCGCCAAAGGAGAUUGUGACGAUAAGCCGCUUACUCACCUAUGCCUUUUACACAGAACGUAGUGAUUGUGGCGAUGACCAGGAAAAAACACCCGGUAAUUUCCCACCUUUGGGGGUAGUACCGAGGUGGGGCCAGAUUUGUGAGACGCGGAAUAGCCGAAAGCCUGAAAAAGCAUGAUGCUCUCCCUUCACAAUUAAAGCUGCCCAAGAAUUAGUUUGCACGUCCCACCAGAUGCUGAUGUCAUCGGGCCUCGAUUUGGUUUCAUGCAAGAUUUAGACAAUGGUGGUCAUAUUCCAUCUUGCUGGCUUCGAUAUAAAAGGUACAGGUGAGCAAUGCAUCUAUUGAAGUGAAAUGCCGCAUUGUGAAAUUUCUCUGCAUCUGGUUGCCUGUGUUAUGCCUGGCCCACUUUGUUCCCCAGUUCGUACCUUCUCGAUCCAGGCUGGAACAGACAGUGUAGUGUGAACUGGGCUUUGGCAAGGCGCUUCGACACCCCCGUGUGGUUCCUGGAGUGUACUACAGACAAAUUUUAGGAGCUCCACGGAUGUGUGUGGCCAAAGAAUGUGUGAGCCGAAUCAUCAGGUAAAAUGACUUGCGAGUGUGACGUAACGUUGUUUCAAACAACAAGAUGGGAGAGUCCUUAAUUGGCUGGUGUUGUACAGAGAAACCAGCCUGUUUACACGGGACCUUGUGCAGGUUCUCCCUUCCUAAAUUAUUCUGUAAAGAACUGUGUUGCUGUGUGUAUGUUCGCUAAUUAUUAUUAAGUGCCUUUUCUCAUUGUCUGCUUUGCCGAACACCCCCCCUUUUUUUCCCUUUGUUGUACACUUUGUCACCCAGGAGUCUAACCUGCUGUUGAGCUCCCUCAAGCUCUUAAAAUAAACAGCAUGCUUUGCUCAUGCAUUUUGGAUUA